CUGUACUAUGUCUGCAGUCUCUGGUCAUCUCCUGUACUGUGUCCGCAGUCUCUGGUCAUCUCCUGUACUAUGUCUGCAUUCUCUGGUCAUCUCCUGUACUAUGUCUGCAGUCUCUGGUCAUCUCCUGUACUGUGUCCGCAGUCUCUGGUCAUCUCCUGUACUAUGUCCGCAGUCUCUGGUCAUCUCCUGUACUAUGUCUGCAUGUCUGCAGUCUCUGGUCAUCUCCUGUACUAUG